UGUCCUGCCGACACACACACAUUGUUACAGUCAACCUUCCUUCCACCUAAACCAUACACUUGCUGGCUCUUAGUCGCACCGUAGUCGCUCCGGUGGAAAAGCGCGCGCUUUCGGACUGUGGUGGAAUUUGUGAACCCCCGGUGGCGCAGUGGCGUCCGUGAACCGCCUCCUGGUGCACGUCGUGCUCGUCGACGCACGAACCCCGGAAAAAUAACCGACACCUGUGGCGUUUCCAGUGCGCGACUAGUUUUUGGGUUUCUCGGACGAUGGUCGCGGGCCUUAUCGACCACCAGCAUCGCCGCCGCAUAAUUAAUUAAUUGUUCUUACGCAUAUAAAGUUAUUCAAAUCGAGUGGGCCGAGAGUGGGCGGCCAAGAUGGAGGACGCUUGGGAGUCCCACGUAUCCCCUUUGGUGAUGGGCGUGGGGAUGGGCGAGAUGCAGGCGAUGGGCGAGAUGCAGCAGGAGAUGAACAUGCCGCACCAGCAGGAUCUGGCGGCGACGCAGCAUCCCGAGCUCAUUCAUCAGGAGAUCGAGCAGGAUCUGGGCAGGGAGAUGGGCAGGAACGACAUGCGGACUCAUCAGGAGGGUCUUGGGGGACACGAGGAGUAUUUUUCGCAUCAGUUGCUGGUGUCCGGCCAGCCCACGACGAACGCGGGCUCGUCGCCCGCCUCCGGGGGCGGCUCGCUGUCCCCCGGCGGCUCGGCCAGCGGCGUGCCGGGGGCGCUCUCGCCCGGGGGCACGUCGUCCUCGGGCCCCACGCAGUGCUGCGAGUCCGGAAGGCCGCUGGUGACGGAUCCGGUGACGGGCCAGAGCGUCUGCUCCUGCCAGUAUGACCAGGCGAGGUUGGCAGCCCUGCAAUACCCGCGCAGCGUCGGCGUCUACGGCGCCCCCUACCCCUCCACGGACCAGAACCCCUAUCCCAGUAUAGGCGUCGAAAGCUCGGCUUUUUACUCUCCCUUGAGUAAUCCUUACGCCCUCAAGGACGCGGGGGGCACCGCAGCAGACAUGUCUGCGUGGACCAGCGCCGGCCUCCAGCCCACGACGGGUUAUUACCCCUACGACCCUGCCCUGGCAGCGUAUGGUUACGGUGCCGGAUACGACCUAGCCGCACGACGGAAGAACGCAACGAGGGAGUCGACGGCGACUCUCAAAGCAUGGCUCAACGAACACAAGAAAAAUCCUUAUCCGACCAAAGGGGAGAAAAUCAUGUUAGCAAUUAUCACGAAAAUGACUCUGACACAAGUCUCGACGUGGUUUGCAAACGCGCGAAGGAGGCUAAAAAAGGAGAACAAAAUGACCUGGGAACCGAAGAACAAGACGGACGACGACGACGACGCCCUAGUUUCCGACAGCGACGACAAAGACAAGGAUGAGGAGGACAAGCGGGACGAGACAGACAUGCACGGCCGGAUAAAGUCCGAGCGCAACGGCAAGGACCUCGACGACGACGACAUGAACGACGACGACCGCAAGGACGACCUCCUGGGGAACAACAUGCACCACAUCCUGGGCAACACCUUCGGCAUGAAACCGGAACUCAAGUCGUCCGACUGCGGCGUGCCGCUCCCGCCGUCCAAGCCCAAGAUCUGGUCUCUGGCGGACACCGCCGCGUGCAAGACGCCGCCGCCGCCGCCCCCUGCUCAGCAGCAGUGGCUCGGGAGCAACGGCUUCGCGCUGCCCAGCUCGAGGUACGGAGGGAGCGGGUUCCUGCCUAGUCACUGUCAGCAGGGGUUUCCCGACGUGCAGACGGACACGCCGCCCCAGACGCCGCCGAGCAUGAAGCUGCCGAGUGUGGCGGGGAACCUGCUCCCUGGACAGGGACCCUGCAUAGGCACGGCGGCGGCGAACACGGGCUACUCGCAGUCGGGCUUCCUGGGGGGCUUCGGGCGGCUGCAGUCGCCGCACCGGCCGCCGCCUCCGCAGGCGGCGCAGAUGACGGCCCCCACGACGGACAGCGCUGCCUUCAAACCCUUCUACAAAAGCUCCCAAAGCAUGAACGGAGGGUUCGUGUCGCCGGUGUGAGCCGCUCCCAGCUGGACCUCGUCGACCCAUCGCUGAGAUCCGGCGUGGGCAGCUUGCGUCCAGCAUCCCCGAACCAAGGAAUGGGCAAAGUGCAACAAAUCUGAGUGGGUGUGGAAGAUCCAGUGAAGCGAUCGCAAUCUGUUGUAUAUUUGUGUAAAAGCAUUUAUUUAUAUCUGUGAUAACGAACAAAUGUCUACCAAAAGUGGCGUUGAAGUUUUUCGGCAAUGGGACUUAGUAGUUUCUUGAAACUAGAAGAAAUUGCUCGCACCUACGUUUGUAACUUGUUGUGUAUCAUCACAAGUCAGGCUAGUUGUAUUUCAGGAUCACCUAUUUUAUUGUUACGUUCUUUUAAAUAAUUAGAAAAUUGUUGUGUAUAUUAAAAGUACCAUAUCAUGGAUUUAUUAUUAAACUAACAUUUAUUUUGUUGGCUGCUCGCCCAAAUUGUACAUUAUUUUAUCUGUUUGUAAAUAGAUCAGUGUGUAUAGAAGGAUAUUAUAAUUAUAAUUGUCUUGAUUAAAAUAUUAACAGAGACUAUCUUAA